AUGUCUUCUAUACUCCAUUAUCUAGCUAUCUUUCUUUCUUGCUAUUUCCUUUUCUUCUUAUCAGAGACACAGUCCUUAUCUCAACCACGAACCUCUCCUCCUUUCAAACCAAAUCUACUUGUUUUACCCGUUCAUCAAGAUGCCUCUACUGGGCUCCAUUGGGCCAACGUCCACAAAAGGACUCCUUUAAUGCAAGUUCCAGUCCUUGUGGACCUAAAUGGAAAUCACUUGUGGGUUAACUGUGAUCAACACUACUCAUCCAAAACAUACCAAGCACCCUUUUGCCACUCCACCCUAUGUUCAAGAGCCAAUAGCCACCAAUGCCUGAGUUGCAACUCCGCAUCCUCAAGGCCCGGGUGCCAUAAAAACACGUGUGGGCUCACAUCCAUCAACCCUGUAACCGAACAAACCGGUUUGGGGGAGGUUGGCCAAGAUGUGCUAGCAAUCCAUGCCACUCGCGGGUCCCAAGUGGGUCCAUUGGUCACAGUCCCUCAAUUCCUCUUUUCUUGUGCACCCUCCUUCCUUCUCCAAAAGGGUCUACCCAACAAAGUUCAAGGUGUGGCUGGGCUAGGCCAUGCACCCAUUUCCCUGCCAAAUCAACUUGCUUCCCACUUUGGAUUUCAACGUCAGUUCACCUUGUGCCUCUCUCGCUACCCAACCUCAAAGGGUGCUAUAAUAUUCGGUGAUGCACCAAAUAACUUGGGUCAAUUUCGUGGCCAAAAUAUUUUCCGUGAUUUGGCUUACACCCCAUUGACCGUCAACCCACUAGGAGAGUACAACGUGAAAAUCACUUCCAUAAGGAUUAACCAGCACACUGUGGUCCCAGUGAACCCAUCAACGAUAUCAUCAACUAGUAGCGCAAGUGGCAUUGGAGGAACCAUAGUUAGCACCGCAACUCCUUACAUGAUUCUGCACCAUUCCAUUUUUGAGGCGUUUUCUCAAGUGUUUACUAAGCAGGUUCCAAGCCAAGCACAGGUUAAGGCUGUUGCAUCAUUUGCGUUAUGUUUUGACUCUAAAAAGAUUGGUCCAUAUCCAAACGUUGAACUUGUGAUGGACAAGCCUAAUGUGGUUUGGAGAAUCUCUGGUGAGAACUUGAUGGUGCAACCACUACCUGGGGUGACAUGUUUGGCAAUGGUAAAUGGAGGUAUGCAUCCUAAAGCUCCAAUUACCAUAGGGGCGCGCCAGUUAGAAGAAAACAUCGUAGUGUUUGACUCUGCAAGGUCAAGGCUCGGGUUUAGCACUUCACUACCCUCGUAUGGAGUUAAGUGUGCUGAUCUCUUCAACAUCAUUGAUCCGUGA